CUUGAAUAUUAAACAAUGAGCAGCAACUAAUAAUAAGAACAUUAGAGGUAUAAAUAGACUUUUAAACGAAACCUAAUAUGUUCUAAACCUGGAUCUGAGCGUAAACACGCACGCUAAUAGCUCAAACGAAAAUAGCUUGACAUAAAAUACAGUAGGCCGGUUUUCGAUAAACAACAACGAUGCAAAAAGCGGGGCCGCCUCCCGAUUUUCGAGCUUUUUGCGAAAAAGCCAUCGCCAAUCUCACCAUCGAGGACGUAGACUCCUUCAAAUCGGCCAAGGAUGACAUUUCCAGGAUCAGGAUCAUGCAGGACAUUGCCAAACUGGUGUCCAUUGGCAUUCCAGAGGAUGCUGGAAAGGAUUAUAUGGUUGCCGAGUCGAAAAAAUCUGAAGGAAAUCAAUUGUUUGGCAGGAAAGAUUAUAAAAACGCGUUAAAGUGCUACAAUGAAGGGAUUAUUAAGUGUCCUCAAGAAACUGUUAAAGAUAGAGAACUCCUGACCAUUUUAGUAUCAAACAGGAGCGCUACAAAUUUCGAACUACAAAAAUACCGACGUGUCCUGGAUGACAUCGACUACAUAACGGAAAUAGGGGAUUACCCCAAUCAUCUUCACUACAAACUAUGGCUGAGAAAAGCCCGAUGCUAUGACGAGCUCCAGAACAAGAAACUAGCCAAUGAGGCUUACGACGAAGCUGAGAACAGCCUGAAAAACAGCAAGCUAGAUGAAAAAUCAGUCGAAGACAAAAUGAAAGAAAUAGAAAAGUUUAGGAAGCAAGGAAGUAGGUGUGUGAAUCCCAAACAGAAGAAACAGUUGGAAUUGGAACCUGUAUUUUUCGAAGAAAGGUUCAGGGGUGGGGAUGAAUUUGUAGCUGCUAUUCCGAAAAUAGCUAUACAACAGGACAGUUAUCAGGGUCGGUAUGCUAUGGCGAUUGAAGACAUCCCAGCAGGAACAACCCUGGUAGAAGAAACACCCUACUGCUCGGUAGUAGAUUCAAAUCACGCCUUAACCAAUUGCCAGAACUGUUUAGCUUCCGUAGAAUUGGCCAUAGCCUGUCCCAAUUGCUCAGAUAUCAUUUUCUGUAGCACUCACUGUAGCCGGAUGGCUACCAAGACUUUCCACGGUAUCGAGUGUGGCUACCAAAAGGUUCUAUUCAAAAACGGAGCAUCGGUGAAUUGUUUGAUGGCCCUCAGGAUUAUUACUCAGAAACCUUUGAAGUUUUUCCUGGACAAAAGAAAUAAGUUGAAGGAUUACAUGAAAGAUUCCUGCAAAAAGAAUGUUGUUAGGAAGAAAGUGUACAGGUCUGACGACUACGACAAUCUAUUCUUCCUCUGUCGUAAUGAAACUUUACGAAUAAAAGAAGAGUUAGUCCAUUACGCGAGCAUUGCAAUUUCUUUAGUAAACAUACUAAAACUAAGUGGUUAUUUUGGUGACAAAAAACAGGAUGUUCUCAGCGAGGACGAAAUAUUUAUAGGGGCCCUGAUUCUAAGACACCUGCAGAUACUUCAGUUUAACGCGCACGAACUGUCAGAACUGCAAAACUGUAACGAUGAUGUCAAUAAUAAUGACAUAUUUGUAACAGGUUACGAGAACGCAGCCAUUGGAGCAGGAGUCUAUCCUACUUUGGCCAUGUUCAAUCACUCUUGUGACCCUAGUGUUAUCAGAUAUAAUAUAAGAAACAAAAUGAUUGUCAAGGCCAUUAAACCCAUCAAAGCUGACGACAUCAUCUACGAAAAUUAUGGCCCGCUGUACAUGUCCGAACCACUGGAAAGUCGUCAGGCCAAACUCAAGGAAAACUACUACUUCGAGUGCCUUUGUCAACCCUGCAUGGAAAUGUGGCCUCUGUUCAAGGAAAUGAACGAAGCUGUGCUUAGGAUUCCGUGCAUAACUGACGGUUGUCCGUUUACCUUUACUGUGGAUCCUGCUGACGAUCCUUUUCUGAACUGUCCCUACUGUCAUAAUACCACCGGUAUAUUUCCUAAUUUGAAGGGUUUAAUGAAACUAGAAGAAAUCUUACCUGAAGCUGAACACUUGCUCAGUCUCCAUCAAUUCGACAACGCUUCAAAGAAAUUCUUCGAAGCCCUGGAAUUGCUCUACAAGUACUCCAGAGCACCCCAUCCAGAUUUCGUCAAAGUCCAGCAAAGGAUACGCGUUUGCCUUCUCCAUUUUGGAAAUAAAGCUUACGAUUAUGAACCCAAAUUAUAAUUUGUUAUGAAUUUAUUGUUAAAACAUUUGUUAUACUGAUAAAAUAAAGAAUAUUAUUAGAAUUCUAA